ACACACACAUACACACUAAGCUAGCCUGUCAGCUAGCUCGCUAGCUGCACAACACUCAUUGGUAACGUCAAAACCCAGCUGCCUGUUCGCUUCUUUUAGAUGUCCGCUAUGGAUUUGAAUAAUAUCUUAUCGCAGCUUGAAACUGUCAAUGAAGAGGAAACCGAGAAGCUUCUGCAGCAGUAUAAUCGACAGAACAGUCACACCUUCGCUUUUGACCAAAAUGAAGAAGCCCUGCGGAGUAAAUUGUGUCAGGGUGUGUUGUCAGUACUUGGGAGGCAGGUGCAGCCGAGCUGUCAGAGGACAUGUCUGGAGACACUCCGCAUCCUGUCCAGAGACAAGCGUGUCCUCGCACCUGUAGCCACCAAGGAAGGCAUGUUGACCCUGGGUGGGAAGGCGAGGCUGCACACUGGAGAGGAAGGAGAUGACAACCAGAUAAACUCUCAGGAAGACACACAGUCAGAUGAGGAGGAGAGGGUGGUGAUUGAGGCCUUGAAGUGCCUUUGCAAUGUGGUGUACAACAGUCCUGCAGCUCAGCAGGUUAGUGUGGAUCUGCAGAUGGCUCAUGGCCUAUGUGCCACCCUGCGUACUGCCCGCACAUGGCACCAUGAGGUGGGCCUGUUCACAUUGCGCCUUCUCUUCCUGCUGUCUGCCCUCCGCCCUGAUGUUAGAGGGGUUUUGAGGAGAGAAUGGCAUGCGGUGAGACUGCUGACAGAGGUCCUGGAGCACACCCUGGAUGUGCGUUGGGUAGGCCCUUAUGAAGUUGCCCGUCCAGAUCCACAGGCCCUGCCCUUGCCUGCAGAGGACAAUGAGCGAGCAAUGGAAGCACUCAAGGCCUUGUUCAACCUCACACUGUCUGAUGCUGGUGGUGAGGAUGACCACCAAUUCCGGCUAAUCGCUGCCAUCCUGCGUCAUCUGUUGAUGCUGAAGACUGAGACAGAGGAGAAAACAGAGGAAGCACACAGCCAUGCUGUCAACUUGCUUAACAACCUGCCUGGGCCCUGCCUGGAUGUAUUAAUCAACGUGCCUGUCCAGGGAGGACUGGAGAAAUAUGGUGGGAAAAACAUGGAUGCAGUCCAGGUGUUACUAGACUUCAUGGAGAAAAGGAUCGACAAGCAGGGCUCCAACUACAAAGAGGGGCUCACUCCUGUGCUCAGCCUUUUGACUGAAGUAUCCAGACACCACAGAGAUAUACGCAGAUACAUCAAAGCUCAGGUACUUCCCCCACUGAAAGAUGUGAAGAUCAGGCCAGAGAUUGGCACCACCAUCAGAAACAAGUUGGUUCGCCUUAUGACUCACGUCGACACAGGGGUGAAGCAGAUGGCUGAAGAGUUUCUCUUUGUCCUCUGCAAGGAGAGUGUGAACAACCUGUUGAAGUACACAGGAUAUGGAAAUGCAGCAGGACUCCUGGCGGCUCGAGGACUUCUUGCAGGACAGACAGGACAGAGAGGAGAGACUCAGUACUCCGAAGACGAAGACUCAGACACAGAGGAAUACAAGUCUGCCAAACCCUUCAUCAACCCCAUCACUGGUCAUGUGGAGGAGCCGAUGCCCAACCCUAUUGAAGAGAUGACAGAAGAGCAGAAGGAGUACGAAGCCCAGAAACUGGUCAAUAUGUUUGACAAGUUGUCAAGGCAGAACGUGAUUCGGCCCAUGGGUGUCAGGCCGGACGGGACGUUAGCACCUCUUGAAGAAACUCUCUGUGAUCCACCUAAGGACAACUCGGAAUCAGACUCUGACUAGUGCUCUGCACUUCGAGGCCACGUUUUCCAGACUUAAGCCCACCAGGCCCCAACACAUCUAAAGCUGUGUCCCAUUUCAGUGGUAUGUAUGGUGCCCAUGAAGGUGGGUCCUUCAGAGGGGAUAAAACCUGGGGACCUGAAAUCUAAAUGAGAAUGCACAAAAGUCUACAGCCACUGAAACAGCGUGUUUACAGGUGCUGGAUCAGAAAAAUUUGUAAUUGAAAGUGGCAGUCAGGCAAAAUAUCCUGGACUGAGAGUUCCCAAUAGAUUAGUCCAGUUUAAUUGAUUGGCAGCCACAGAAACCUGAACUAAUGGUGGAGUAAGGCUCCCUUUUUCAACUAAUAAAGUCCAGUUUUUCACCAGGAAGGUCCCCUAAAUUUGCUGACCACAGUUAACACAACAAGUUCUAAUGUUAAUGGUAGAUAUAUACUUAUAACUUUGGCUUGCCUGUACAUCUGUUAUUUACGUCUUGCCAUUUAAAUGAUUUGGGUGCUGUGUUCUAGUUCAGCUGACAUUUACCAAUGACUGUUGACCACUCAAAUGCAAAUAGGCUAUCAGGUAAACGUGAUGUGGUCAAAAAGCAAUCAAAGUAAUUUGCAGUGGAUUGUGGGUUACUGAGGGCUGCAAAGAAUACACUCCAGACAAGAAAAUCUUCCUUUUGCGUCCUCAUUCAGUGUCCUUUGAAAUGGUACGGGUGUUGUUGGCCCAUUACGAUGUAUUUGGUCUUGAAAUAGGACUUUUGAUGAUCGAGCCCUGAAGUGGGACACAGCUCAACACCUCACAGGAGACUUUAGGGGCCAUGUUGCUGCCGUAGGCCAUUCUCCAAAGUGGAAGUGGACUUGAUGUGUGAUGCACCACAAUGCAUGGCAAGCCUCCCUUGGUUACUGUUGCACCUUCAUCGUUUUACUGCUUCCUAAGUUGAGAGGAUAGAGGUGAUAAUUUUUUUUUUUUUGCUCGAUCAUGUGUUUCUCAUCGGAAACACUGUUGUCAUGGUUUGUUAAAAGUGUAAUUGAAUCUAAAUUAUCAUUCCUUCACCUGUGCUUUUGUUUUUCACUUUUUUUAAAAGUAUUUUUUCUGCUACACAUUUUGUCAACUAUUUUUUAUUUCUAAAUAAUUUGAGUGCACAUUAUACUGACACGUUUAAAUAUGAAAUCACAGUAAAAACUGUGGGGGCCUGUCCAGACUGGACCACAGGAUCGGUGUAUAGUAUAGUAUGGUAUGGUUUGAACUUGCAGCUCACAGUGAGUCUGUAUUUGGUUGUGUAAUUAUCAUGAAUGUUGCACAUCAGUCGCCAAGGUAAACUUUCUGAAUUCAGGGCUUGUUGGCGUACUGUCAUGUCACUGAAAGGUGUUCUGGACAAGAAAACUUUCUCUUUGCAUUUAAAAUGGAGAGAUACUGUGGUGGACGAUAGUCAACAGAUUGUUUUGUGAUUGCUGUAGACGCUUGACAAAGAAAUGUGUAAACUGAAAUGAUUGUUUUCUAAUCUACAUCACUCUUGCUAAAUCUGCAUUUUGUUAAAUCAGUUUACAGUAAUGUAAUUUGUUUUUCUAGAUUGAAAGUUUUGCUGAUUUUUGAUUAAAUUAAAAGCUGCAUGAUAGGAUAUGAGUUCGCAACAGAUUUGGCCUCCUAACUGAAAUCCUUCUUUGGAUUACUGGUACAUUUACUGUAAAUGAACAAAGAAAAAAGUUCUUUAAUUGCUGAUUACAAUCCAGACAAACUGAAUAUUGCUCUAGCCAGAGAACAUGUAUCAUUAUUACAGGAUAUGGUAACAGCUCUGUUUUUUUAAUAGUGAAUAAUCAUGAGUAUACUUUUCACCUGGCCUGUGAAUCACCACUACUGCCUCGUCACACAAAGAAUAAAUGCAGAUAAUUUGGGCGACAAAUUAAAGUGUCUUAGUAAGGUGCUGGGUCACCACGAGAUACCAGGGCAGCUUCAAUGCACCUUCUCGCAGAUCAGCAGUCUGGGGCUGCGAAGGUUUUAGUGUCACAAAAUUUCCAUACUUACCAAACCAUCCAGUGGCCAUUUGUUUUGUGUUUCCACUCAUUUCCUUUUAAUUUGGCAUGAAUCUGUGGAUCACAGUUUUUUCUCUCACACCCACAUGUAAAUGCCUUCUUUUUCCUCCACAAUCAUGGUGAGAUAAAUUAAAAUUGCAUGUUGAUCACCUUCUCUCCAUCUGGAAAGACUAUGUUAUGGGAAUCACUUUUUUUUUUUUUUUUUGCACAUUAUUUACACACUGUAAAUAGCACUACUUUUAUUUUAUGUAGUGAGGUGUCCACUGAAAAGUUAAUAAACUGGAGAAUAAGAA